UGGUGGAUAUGAUUGCUGAAGUUGUCAUUUCUCAAACUUAUACAAAUGUCGAAAACGAUACAAUUGAAGCGAUCUAUAAAUUUCCAACACACGAAUCUGCGGCUAUAUGCGCCUUUGAGGCUGAAAUUGAUGGUAAAAAAAAGGUCAAAGGUAUUGUUAAAGAAACACAAGAGGCCGUAAAAGAAUACAAUACUGCUAUUCAGGAAGGACAUGGUGCUUUUCUAUUGAAUGGACAACUUCCAGAUGUAUUCGAAUGUAUGGUCGGGAACAUUCUUCCAAAACAGACUACUGAACUUAAACAUGACUCAGAAACCGAAAAAAUUCGUUUUGUAAUUCCCACUUCAAUUGCUCCGAGAUAUGGAAGCUAUGGACCAUCAGAAAUUUCUUCUUUCGCGAGCAAUUUACCCCUUGUCAACACUGUUAAUCCAACUAGCAAUUUAUCAAUUUCUGUUACGUGUCGAAUGACAUCCAUCAUUACAAGUAUUGAAUCACCAUCCCACUAUAUCUCAACUGAAUUAAAUAUCGAUGGGAACCCAAAAAUUUCUCGAAUUACUUUGAAUGAGCAGACAACUUAUUUGGAAAAAGAUUUCGUGUUGGUCGUUAAGAGUCAAGGUCUUGAUCAACCAAGAGCAUUUAUUGAAUAUAAUCCAGUGACCGAGACGAAUUGUGCUAUGUUAACUUUGGUUCCAAAAUUUGCUAUCAAUCCAACUUUGACCGAAUUGAUAUUUGUUGUUGAUAGAUCUGGCUCUAUGGCGGAAACUCCUAUCCGAAAGGCCGCUCAAGCGCUUGAAUUAUUCCUACGAUCACUCCCAGAAGAUUCUUUUUUCAAUGUUGUAUCAUUUGGUAGUCAUUACGACUCACUUUUUCCGAAAAGUCAACCUAAUUCUCAAUCGACGAUCUCAGCCGCCCUUUCGCUUGCUCAAAAUAUGACAGCGAAUUAUAAUGGAACAGAAAUGUAUCAAUGUUUGAAAUGGGUCCUUGAAAAUAAGAGAAAUGAUAUGCCAACUGCCAUAAUUCUUCUUACAGAUGGUAGUGUUUGGAAUGUAGAUCAAAUUGCCGAAUUGGUUCGAUCAAAGGUAGAAGAAAGCAAUGACCUUCGUUUAUUCCCUUUGGGGAUCGGAAGGAAUGUAUCUCAUAAUUUAGUAGAAGCUGUCGCACGCGCUGGAAAAGGAUACGCACAAUUCAUAACUGACUAUAAUAACGAUGGAUUUGAAAAAAAAGUUAUUGGAUUUUUGAAAAAUUCAAUCAGACCUCCAAUUAAAGAUUAUAAAGUCGAAUGGACUGAAAAUGGUGUCAUAGAA